AUGGAUCGUACUCUCUCACGCUUUAACGGAUUUUGCCUAAUCUCGACGUUGCAAAAUUUCCCCAAGGGUAAGAUGAUGAUACCAGUAGCAGCUAUUGAAAGUGAAAUCACGACAACAAAUCUAGAGAUGGGCGUGUUGAGUACCAACAAGAACAUCUACAGUCACUUCGAGGAUCGAAAAUCGAAAAUCGAAAAUAUUCCUCACUUUCAUCACAAUGCAAAAUCCUCUACCUCAUCGCCGCAAUUUCCAACCUGCGCCUUCGCAGCCAAGUACGCCCCAGGACAAGCCUGCUACUCAAGCAAACAAUGCAACGCCAACUGCCUUGAUUCCGACUUCGUCGUCACCCACGAAGACGGCGACUCCUUCCUCGCCUGCAACGCAAAAGCCGCAAAUCCCAAACAAUUCUACCAUGCCACGUGCCUAAAGUACGAUCCUCAAGCAGUAGGAGCCAGUCCCAUCGUCUUCAACAAAGCGGGCACAGCUGCAGCCUGUGGCAAAAUUGCAGGAGGGGUGAUGAGCUGUAAAGCGGGAUGUCUCCUAUCCGGCACGAGAUCCACCGAGCAAGACCUACGGAGAAAGUGGCAGUUGACUUGCACGGGCGUGGAAAAUGAGGUGUUUGGUGGGAAAUUCGUGGCGUUCUCGGAUGAGGCUGAGGCUAGGUAUGAGGCGUAUUGUGCCUAG